UGCUGCCGGGCUGAGGGAGCUGCAGUUCCACCGUAAUGGCGACUGCUGGAACAGCAGACUCGGGAUCAACAGUCCCGGCAGGGACCAGCAGUAUUCGAAAAAUGGCCCCUGCAGAGAUGCCUGGCUCCUCAGGCACGACUCAGAGUAUGAAGAAGACCAUUGGACACAGGGGGGUGGAGACCACCACAGGAGAGACCACAUACAAAAAAACCACGUCAUCUGCCCUGAAAGGUGCAAUCCAAUUGGGCAUCACUCACACAGUUGGCAGUUUAAGCCAAAAGGCAGAAAGAGAUGUUCUUAUGCAGGACUUUGUGGUGGUCGAGAGCAUCUUCUUCCCUGGUGAAGGCAGCAACCUGACCCCUGCUCAUCACUACAGUGACUUUCGUUUUAAGACCUAUGCUCCUAUUGCUUUCCGUUACUUCAGAGAGCUGUUUGGCAUCCGGCCAGAUGACUACCUGUAUUCUUUGUGUAAUGAGCCACUGAUUGAACUGUCGAACUCUGGAGCCAGCGGAUCCCUCUUCUAUGUUUCCAGUGAUGAUGAGUUCAUCAUCAAGACUGUUCAGCAUAAGGAGGCAGAGUUUCUCCAGAAACUUCUACCAGGUUACUUCAUGAAUAUAAACCAAAACAAGCGCACCUUGCUACCUAAAUUCUAUGGACUUUACUGCGUUCAGGCAGGUGGGAAGAAUAUCCGUAUUGUUGUCAUGAACAAUCUUCUUCCAAGGAUCGUCCCCAUGCACCUCAAAUACGACCUGAAAGGCUCCACAUAUAAGAGACGAGCCUCUCCUAAGGAACGAGACAAGGCUGUCCCCACGUACAAAGACCUGGACUUCAUCCAGGACCUGCCCGAUGGCCUGCUGCUCGAGGCCGACAACUUUAAUGCCCUUUGCAAGACUAUUCAGAGGGACUGCUUGCUCUUGCAGAGUUUCAAGAUCAUGGAUUACAGUCUGUUGAUGGGGGUCCACAACAUAUACCAGGCAAAUAGAGAAAGGGAGCGAAGUGGAGGCAUUUCCGGGGAUGGUGUAGUGUUGGAGGGUGCGGUGACUCCAGAUCAGCGUAGGCCACAAGCCCAGAAAAGUCUGUACUGUACAGCCAUGGAGUCCAUCCAGGGGGAGGCUCGAGGGAAGGGAACCUUUGACUCAGAGGAUCACAUGGGAGGUAUUCCAGCUCGCAAUUCAAAAGGAGAGAGGUUGCUCAUCUACAUUGGCAUCAUUGACAUUCUCCAGUCCUACAGGUUUAUUAAGAAGUUGGAGCACUCCUGGAAGGCCUUGGUCCAUGAUGGGGAUACGGUUUCUGUUCACAGACCUGGCUUUUAUGCAGAGCGUUUCCAGCAGUUCAUGUGCAACACAGUGUUUAAGAAAAUUCCACUUAAACCGUCACCAUCUAAGAAGAGCCGUGGUGGAGGUCAAGGAGGACUUAGAAGGGCCCCCACUCUGGGAGCUCCCACCCCACUCUCCUACGGGACAGGGCAGUCUGCUGUCGACUCCAGACACGUCUAUCACAGCCAUUUUAAAAGCACCGAGUCAGAGGGUGACGGUGGUGUGCAGUUGGGAAAGCCAGAUCUGGUCCCGAGGACGCCUCCGCUGGCUGAUAAUCCUGCUGACUGUGAAGCCAACCUGUCCACCUCAUCACUAGGCAGCACAGGAGUUGCCUCCGCCUCUCCUCCCCUCCGGUCUGUAGGAGUGGAAGUCCACAAAUCAGCAAACACUGAGCUUGAGAAGGAAGCCUUUCACAGUUUGGAGGCGGAAGGGGCUGCUGAUAAUUCUGCCAACCUGUCCGGAAAUGAAGAUGUAGUAUCUCUUUCUGACAUAAUCCCCGAGACCAAUAUCUGUUUUUGAAAGAGAACAUCAACACACCACCUGCCAUCUACGGAGAUGAGGUACUUCUGGACAAUGGGGUGGGCGGAUGUAAGGACAAAGUGAAUGAAAUCCAUCUAUCCACCACCACACCGCUGUUAUUUUCUCAGCUCUGCAGCGUUCACAGGAGCCACUGGAUGAAGCUGAAAGCUGCAGAGACACUGUGACAAUGAGGAGAUUGUAGGGUGUGGUAGAGUUCAAACUUUCCAAACCAUCAUCCAUGUGUCCAUAUUAGUCCACUGCUGUUCCAGAGAAAGUCCUAUGAUCCUUAGUUGGCAGCUUUGAUGUAGCUGUUACAGUCCUACAUUUACAAAACAAAUUUAUUUCAGGUGCUUGCCAAGAAGACAUAUGAAACAAAAUGAAUUGUAUAUUAUUUAAAAAAAAAAAAAAAAAAAGCCCAGGUCCCCAUAACCAGUGGAUGGUGAAGAGCCAGUCUUCCUGUCUUCCUGCCCGCAGUCCACCGUAUGAGAAAGAGAGAGUGGGCAGAGACAGAUAAGCACAAACACACUCACUCCAGAGCACAUGAAAGGCAUUUGUCUGCAUGGGACUGGUGAAUAUUCUGUGUUCACAUACAGUCCAAGUGAGCUCACAUUUCCGUGUCUUGCACUUCAGUGUACUGUUCAUACUUGUACAACUCCCCUCUGCACUCCUCAUCAGCAGAGACGUUGAACUAAGAGUGUAAUCCGUAGAAAUCAUUCAAUCAGCUCUUGCUGCUGCAUCUCCAGUCGAGUAUGCAUUUCUCAUUACUAACUGUUGAUGUUCAGUAUUUGUUUGAAACUACAUGUUGGAAGGAAAGAAGAAUGUGUUCGUCCAAACCUGCGAAGUGGUUUAUUUCAAAUUAUAAGUUAUUCUUCUAGAAGCCACAGGGGUGCUACGUAGAUCUUGCCACUGCUGAAUGUAUUUUAGGUUUUGCUUGCAUAAAAUGUGUCUUAAAACACUUGACAACAUUUAUACAAACCCUAAAAAUCUCCCCGUCUGAUGUGGCCAUGUGUGCUGGACAAAAAAUGCUCACACAUUUAUAGUGUUAAUUUAAAAGAACAGUAAUAAUUUUAAGUUACUGCCUGUUGUCUGUCAUGUCUGUGCCUUUCACACGUCUUACUGUCCCUCAACAUUUUCAUGUAUCACUGAUAUUUUUUUAAGGUUAAUGCUCUUGUCGCACAUGGAGACCUGCCUUAUCUUCUACAGCUGUAGUCGCCAAACUGCCAUUCGUGCAUCUGAACCAGCCAAUCAGUUGAGAGGGUUUAAAAGAAUUUCCGAUUUUAUAGCAAACACUAGCACAGCCCCCUUUUUUGGUUAUGUCAUCACUGUGGCUCAUCAUUUCUGCAGUUAAUUUUUUGUUCUCACAACAGAUGAUAUGGAUAUCUGUUUCAAAUUCAUUUCUGCUGGUUACAGAAAUGACUCCUGCCCACAUUCACUCUUGGACCAAUGUUACUAACUGUGGAGGUAUUUGUGUUUUGCUUUUUUUUUUUUUUUUUUUAACUUAGUGUUAUGUGGCUUUUUGUAAAAAAUAGACUUUGGUUAUUUUAUUGUUUAGGGGUAGAAACAAGCUACUGAGGAGGAUGGAAGAAAGCUUUUACACCAUCAGAGAUUUCUGAUAGAGAAGUUUGACUCACUACCUAGUGAAUGUAGCAGAGCUCGACAUCAUCUCAUCUACGGAGUUAUUGCUGUUACAGUGUUAAAGCACAAGUGGUCUAUGCAGCAGAGAGGGAGCGGGGGAAAUGGGAGUUGUCAAUAUGAAAAGAAGGAAAAUUGUUAAUAAAUGCACAGAGUUGAGGAUUUAGGACUGAGGUUUUCUUUUUCUGUAUUCUAAAAAUGUUAGGGCACCAAAGAGAGGAAAAGACGGGUGAAGAGCUCCUGUCUAGUAUGGCAAAUGUCAAAGUUAAACGAGAUGCUCCUUUAUGGACUGACAUGUUGUAUGUGGUCAUAAUGCUGGGCUGACCUGUGUUUUAAGGAUCUGUCUUUGGAUAAAAGAAAAACUGGAUGUUUUCACCAGUCAACAGUUUCAUGUCUGAGAGACUGCAUCUGUCACAAAAGCAGUCCUUGUUAGACUUUUUAGAUUUAUCAAACCAUUGGUUUACUUUAUGAGUGAUAACAUUUCAAGAUUCUACAUGACAUUCCUUUAAAAUGUCUGCAUAGUAAAGUUGUGAUACCUUUUAUGACCUGCUGUUUACCACCAGAUACCAUAAUGUACUUAAGUAUUUCUUGGGGUUUGUUGAAAUGUUAAAAUCUGAUCAUUUCAGAAACAUUGGUUGAGAAUAAUAAUUCCAUUCAUUGAUAAUAAAGGAAACACUCUUGGAAUUUGAUUUGGACAAGAAAACGAGAACAAGACAAAAAAAAUCACUCAAAUCAAGAUUUUGUAAUAUCUGAAUUUUAAUUUUUUGUCUUUUAACUUCUCUAAAUGGUUAGUACUUGUUAUUUGGUGGCUGCAAAACAGGUCUGUCUUUGUUCUGUACCACAUUGUGGCACAAGAAAAUUUUCCGCUCGGUGCUUUAAGGGUUGCGUCAGGCAGUUGUAGACACUACAGUGACUUUAAAGAAAUGCAAUAUAUACCACAAACUGCCACCUUACAGCUCCAAGAGGUAUAUUUAAAAGUAGGACUGAUUGCUGUAGGUUAAGAUGAUGAAAGUUGUAUUAUGUACUUUAGUUGAUUGUAUGUAAACUGACAGAAGGAUGUCUGAAACUUUAUAGCUUGUAUUGCCUAUAAGGGGAGACUGAGACAAUUUCACCUUUUUAUAUUCUAUGUUUAGAUUGUGAUAUGAUGUAUUCUCUCCACAAUGAUUCUGGGUUGUUAAUCUCCCAUUCUUUUUCUACAUGAAUGUUUCACAUGGCUUAGGAGCCAACAUUGCUGGUUGUCCUCUAUGCUUCAAUUACUAUAUUUUUACUGUGUAUAAAAUGUGUAUAUGUACAUAUGAGUCACGGAAAUGCCUUGUCAUGCAACAUGUGCCGCCUCUCCCUCCUACCAUGUUUCAGUUAUGUGGUGGUGAUGUUUUCAUGUCUGAUUUUA